AUGAGUGUCUUCUACGAGCCGGGAAAGACGUCCCAUGGGCUACCACGAGAUCCAUUCAAGUCGUGCGUAACACCGCGACCCAUAGGCUGGAUCUCCACACGCAGCAAGAACGGCGUGGACAAUCUGGCGCCGUAUUCACAGUUCAAUAACCUUACCUUUGACCCGCCAUACGUGAUGUUUGCAGCCAACACGGACAUGAACGAGAAUCGAAAGGACUCCACCGUCAACGCUGAAAGUACAGGAGAAUUCUGCUGGAAUGUCGCCACCUGGGAUCUGCGAGAAGCCGUCAAUGCAUCAGCUGAGUGGUUCGACCGUGAUGUCGAUGAGUUUCAACGAGCUGGUCUGGAGAAGGAACAAGCCAGGACUGUUAAUGUGCCUAUGGUCAAACAGAGUCCUAUCAAGUUUGAAUGCAAGUACUAUACUACGCUCCGUCUACCAGGAAACCCACCCAUGGGAUCGGUGGACGUGGUCAUUGGGAAAGUGGCGGCAAUUCAUAUCGAUGAGAAAGUGCUUACGGACGGGAUGAUUGAUCUGGAUAAGGUAAGGCCGAUCGCGAGGUGUGGGUAUCAUCAGUACACUGUUGUGAGAAAAGAUACUAUGUUUGAGAUGAUUAUUCCGGGUGAUCCAAAGCAAUUGGUGGGAUUGGAGGGAAAUGCGGCGGGCGCGAAGGCUUUUGCUAACGGGCAUGGAGCGCAGCCGACCAAGUAG